AGGUCACCAGCACCUGAAAAACCAGUUCAUGAGGAUAUCUGUAUUUUCCCUUCGUCUCACCGCAAGAGAAUGCUGGACAGCACGUGAGUAUAUGAGCGAGCUGUGAGCACUGAAACAUGGCCUACGCCUGUAUAGAGAGGCGCAUAAGUCGUCUGUUUGCCGUGUACGGAGGCUUCCUGGCAAGACACCCCCUACCCUUCCUUGUUCUGCCUGUACUGCUUGCGUGCGGCCUGGGAGCGGGAAUGUAUUUCAUGGAGUCAGAUUCGUCUGUAGAAGGAUUGUAUACACCUGAAAAUGGACGGGGGAAAACAGAGCGUGCACUUGUUGAAAAGCACUUCCCGGUCAAUGACUCAAGAGAUUUUCAGGCUUCCAGGCUUGUAACGUUCGGUAGAUCGGCCAGCGUCAUUGUGACAAGUAAAGAAAACAACAACGUUCUGAGUUUGGCGGUUCUGUCCGAGGUCCAGACUCUCUACCGCAACAUUUCCGGAAUAGAAGCACGCCUUUCUAGGACUAAAUAUACAUUUGCGGACUUGUGUGCCUUGUGGCAAUCUCAGUGUGUAGUAGGUGGGUACCAGCUUCUCAACUUUACAUUGGGGAAAGAUGAAAACACGACGAUUGGUUACCCCUGGACAAAUCUACCUGAUGGCACUCGGCUUUUCAGUGGAGCCACCCUGGGAGGGGUAACUCUCGAGUCGGGAUCGGAGGACGUCAGCACCGCUGCCGCCUUCAAACUGACCUUCUACCUACGCAGUGAAGAUUCGGAAGAUGACAAACGGAGCGAAGAAUGGGAAAAAGCCUUCUUGUCUUACAUGGACAAUUUUGAAUCGAACAUUAUCGACGUUUCUCGAAGCUCCUCUCAGUCCCUUGAGAAUGAACUGGCCAAAUUGACAGUCCGCAUCAUCCCACGUUUCUCCAUCACCUUCACGGUCCUCAUCACCUUCUCCAUUCUCUCCUGCAUGAUGCUGGACAUGGUCCGCACCAAGCCGUGGCUGGGCAUGCUCGGCGUCGUGUCGGCAGGCAUGGCGGUGGUGUCCUCCAUGGGGCUGUGUUUGUACUGUGGGGUCAAAUUCACCAGCGUGGUGGCCUCCAUGCCGUUUCUCAUCGUAGGCAUCGGUGUGGACGACAUGUUUAUCAUGCUGGCGGCCUGGAGGAAGACCCAUCCUGGAGGUAGCGUGGAGGAGCGAAUGGGCGAGACGUACGCGGAGGCUGCGGUCUCCAUCACCAUAACAACCGUCACGGACGGACUGGCCUUCGGCAUCGGCGCCAUCACAGUGUUCCCGGCCAUCCGCAUUUUCUGCAUCUAUACUGGGGUAGCCGUACUUUUUGAUUACUUCUUCCAAGUAACCUUCUUCGGUGCCUGCAUGGUAUAUGUAGGACGCCGUGAGAAAGGCAACCGGCACGCAGCUACCUGUAUGCGGGCCGCUACUCCCAAAGAGGCCGAAGACAGGUCGGGUUGCUAUCGCGUUUUCUGCACAGGAAACACAAUGGCGGGAGUUAACGAGAAGGGGGAAUUUUUGAGUAGCGACCACGCUGUCAUGGUCUUUUUAAAAGAUUAUUUGGGGCCUUUCAUUACCAAACCAUGGGUUAAGGUUGUGGUCAUGUUAGUGUUUACCGGGUACUUAGGUGGCGCUAUAUGGGGAUGUACACAGGCAAGAGAGGGCAUUCGUCUCAGUAACCUUGCUGCUGAUGACUCCUAUGUUGUGAGUUACAACAACAAAGAUGAUCAGCAUUAUAUGUCUUAUGGUGCCAAAAUUUCUGUCGUCUUCACUGAUGAGUUAGAAUAUUGGGAUGUCACCGUCCAAAAACAAGUUGCCAAUGCUCUCAGUCGAUUUGAGGAAACGGACUUUACCUCAGGGAAAAACGAAUCGGAAUCUUGGUUACGUGAUUACCUAGAUUUCAUCGAUCAGUUCUCAAGUAUCAUCCCAGGUCUGAAUGCCUCAAGCAAAUUGCCAUUUAUUAUAAACCUUAAAGAUCGUUUUCUUACAGACCCUCGCUUCAAACGGUAUGAGCUCGAUAUCCAGUUCAACGACAACAAGAGUAAAAUUCUCGCCUCUCGUUUCCUCGUUCAAACGAAAGAAAUUACAAAUUCUGUCCGUGAGAAGGAUUUGGUAAUCAAGAUGAGAGAACUUGCUGAUCAGGGCCUUUUCCGAACCACGGUUUACCACCCUAGCUUUAUAUUCUAUGAUCAGUACAUCGCCAUCGUUCCCAACACCCUGCAGAACUUGGGUAUCGCCACAGCCACCAUGUUCGUGGUGGCCCUUGUCCUCGUGCCCCACCCCGUCUGUUCCGUCUGGGUGACCCUGUCCAUCGCGUCCAUCUGUACCGGGGUGGUCGGGUACAUGACCUUCUGGGACGUCAAUCUAGACGCCAUUUCCAUGAUCAACAUCAUCAUGUGUAUCGGAUUUUCAGUCGACUUUUCGGCUCACAUCACUUACGCCUUCGUAUCCUGUAAAGAAGACAGUAGUAAUGCUAGAUCGGUGUUUGCCCUGUACAGUCUAGGCAUGCCCAUCCUGCAAGGUGCCCUGUCCACAAUACUGGGCGUGGCAGCCUUGUCGACGGCUCCCUCGUACAUCUUCCGCACGUUUUUCAAAACGAUGUUCUUAGUAAUUCUGCUGGGGGCUCUGCAUGGGCUAGUUAUCCUUCCCGUGGUGCUCACUUUCGUAGGACAAGAUGUUUGUGGAAACAAGCGCAAGUAUUCGGUGGACAACAAACCUCCACCUGACGACCAGAAUUGUUUCAAAAGUCCGCACGGACAAGAUGGCAAGUUGGAAACGCAGCCAAAAGAUGGUGAUGUGGAACUCGCGAAUUAUCGGUGCAACAGUGGAAAUACUACACACCUACCCACACCGAGUCAGUAUACAAACCCUUCUUUUGAACCGGACGGCAAAUAGAACUCUCGCAAGCACGCGCAGAGAGUAUUAAGGACAGAUAAACUAUACCCAAACUAGAGAAAUAUAUGUGUAUGAUUGCAAACGAUCUUGGCAUUUACCUUGGGUGUUGCAUUGACUUAAUCAUUGGUAUACAUGUAUAUACAUUUCGUGUCUUGCAUACUUCGCGCAGAUAGAUAGGUAGGUAGGUAGAUAGCCUCUAGCGACCAGCGUAGGUAUCUCAGUGUGCUCCUCGGAGAUCAUCAUAUUUGGUAUACGUCAUCAUAAUGGUAUCUCCCAGUAGUACCUUGCGCGCAGCGAGGUGCAGCAGGGCGCGUCCUGUGGAAGCCUACUACUGGGUGCCAGACCCACGCUACCUUAGUGGCCUAGUACAGAGUUAGCAUUCUAUCGUUAAAUUCUUUAUCGUAGUUAACUUUCAGAAUUUUUGUAAAAAAUCUUUUAGAAAAAUGCCUGAUGUUUUUUUUGUUUUUGAGCCUCACGAUGUGUUGCCAAAGGACUCUAAUUGUUUCUGUCACCUGAGAGGCGCGAUGCCGUGUUCAGGUUGACUUCUAGAACAAAGAACCUGUCAAUUCUGUAGUUUAGGCCAAAUAGAAGAUGAAAUACAUUUCACCAUAGAUUGCCCCUUGUAUAGUAGAGAU